UGGGCGGGGCAUCCAGGAUAUGUAACAGGCUCGAGGCUCGCUCCUCUGUCCUCUAAGGUGCACGUGAAGCUGUGUUGUACCGGUGCUUGUUAUGACAUCAUGACCGGAUAGGUAGUGUGAACGUUACGAUUGUAGCGAUUAGGUGUAACGUUACGUUACUUUAACGGUAGUUAUAUUCACACUGAGAGAAAUCGGAGGCCAUCAUGCAGAGUGACAUGAAGACGCCCUUGUUGUCCGGGUGUGCCCCUGAGGCCUCAGAUCCCAUGAAGACGUCCUUGUUGUCCAGGUGUGCUCCUGGGGCCUCAGAGCCCCCGCCCCGAUGCGUGGAAGGCCCCGUGAUCGGCAUCAUUGGCUCCGGAGACUUCUCCCGCUCCCUCGCGCUCCGGCUGGUAGCCGGUGGUUUCAGGGUGGUGGUGGGCAGCCGAGACCCAGACCGGGUUGCCAGGGGUCUGUUUCCUGAUGGACUGAAGCUGGGAUCACAGAGGGAGGCCGUGGACAGCGCAGAGAGGCUGGUGUUCGCUGCAGUCUACCCAGAGCACUACUGCACCCUGGUGGGGCUGAGCGAGCGACUGGCGGGGAAGGUGCUGGUAGAUGUUAGCAACGCCACCAGGCUGAACAGUGGCGAGCGGUCGAACGCAGAGAGGCUGGCUGAGCUUUUCCCAAAGAGCCGCGUGGUAAAGGGGUUCAACGUCAUCUCUGCGUGGGCGCUGCAGGCUGGAGCCCACGAUGGAAACAGACAGGUCCCGAUCUGCAGCGACUGCUCCGACUCCAAAGACGUGGUGUUCCAGCUGGCCCGUCGCCUGGGCUUCAGCCCCGUGGAUAAGGGGGGUCUGUGUGCAUCCAGAGACAUUGAGGAAGCCCCGCUUGUCCUCUUCAACUCCUGGGGAAGCUCCAUCAUGGCUACCUUCCUCUUCUUCCUCUUCUUCUAUGGAUACAACUUCCUGAAGCACAUACUGCUGCCCUACCUCGAUAAAGGAGAAAACAAUUUCUACCAGCUCCCCUUGGUGACGGUGAAUGAGACUCUGCCGGCGGUCUCCCUGGUUACACUGGCUCUAGUCUAUCUACCAGGUCUGUUGGCGGCUGUCUUACAGCUGGGAAGGGGAACCAAAUAUAUGAGAUUUCCUCUUUGGCUGGACUGCUGGCUGUGCAGUCGGAAGCAGCUGGGCCUGCUGAGCUUCCUCUGCGCUGGACUCCAUGCUGUGUACAGUAUGUGUCUGACACUGCGGAGGGCUGCAGGGUACACACUACUGAAUACAGCUUACCACCAGGUGAAAGCUGGUGUUGAAAACUCCUGGGUGGAGCAACAGGUGUGGAGGUCCGACCUUUACCUGUCCUCUGGAAUUCUGGGAUUUGGAGCCCUCAGUCUGGUGGCUAUUACCUCUCUGCCCUCUGUGGGAAAUGCCCUCAACUGGAGGGAGUUUACAUUUGUUCAGUCAGGACUUGGGUAUGCAGCCUUAACUCUCUCCAUCAUGCACACUCUCUUCUUCGGCUGGGACUUUGCCUUCUUCCCCGUGGCCUACCAAUAUUACCUUCCACCGGUGUACCUGCUGGCCCUCAUCCUGCCCUGCAUAGUCCUGGUCGGACGCAUUUUCUUGGUUCUGCCAUGCCUGAUGUUCAGACUGGAAAAGAUCCGCAGGGGCUGGGAGAGCACACGACACCGCCCCCGAAAUAAUCAGGAGUCAGGGUCAACUGAUGUUGAUCCUUCUCAAAACUUUGGUGACGUCUAGUGUUCCAAAUAAUAAGGGAAAGAGAUCUGGACAGCCCAGUCUGAACUCUACCAAUCUUUCAUUUCCUCUGUGCUAUGAGAGGCUGGAGUGAAAACAAAGGUUACUAUAUUGUAACCCUAGUUCUAUAAGCACAGGCAGAGCCCUCUACUGGACUCUAUGGGUAAUACUCUCCUCCAAUCACAUGCACACAUUCGCCCUCUGAGAUUUACAUAAACGUAGCCGGCCAAUCAGGACGUUUACCAAAUACGUGCGUCACCACAGUAUAUAACACCCACUGCUACCAUCAUUAUCAGCCUUUUUAUUAUUAGUAGUAGUCAUAUUUAUAUUAUUAUUACUGCUAUUAUAACUGAUAUUACCACUCUAUUACAACCACUGUUAUUGGUUAUUGUUAUUAGUCCUAUUUGUAUUACUACUUAUACCUGUUGUGCUAUUGUUGUGGUUGCUGUGCAUCUUUCUCUCUCUCUCUCUCUCUCUGCCUCUCUCUCUCUCUCUCUCUCACUCUCUCUCUCUCUCUAAAGUUUUUUUUUUCU